CUUCGGACAUUCUGGUCAAGUUUCAUUGUUAUUUGAGUGCAUUCGUUGAUUGAAUUUCCCGUCCAUCAUGGCAUCCGACAUUCCCAAGCAGGUGAUCUCGAUCAGAGAUCUACCUACCAAGUCAGUCAUCUUGUACCCCUCCCGAGCGCAUGUCGUUCGAGACAUCCACGAUGUGAUCUUGAAACCCGGAGCAAACCAGGUCGAGAUCUAUGGCCUGACUCCAACGGUCGACGAGCACUCUAUCCAGAUCGAAGGCCGCGGCGCCGCAACUAUCGUCGAUAUGACCGUGGACCUCGUCCCAAACCGUGACAUCUUCGAAGAAGCAUAUCCAGAGGACUCCGACGACUCAAGCAGCGAGUCAUCCGACGAGUACGAAGACAGCGACGAUGAGGCCGAAGCAGUGCAGAAAAUCGCCCAAGAGCUGAAGACGCUUCGUCUCAAAGUAGCGGAAGCCAUUGAGGAACAGAACUCUUCUAACAAACGCUUGGAAGCGUUGGACCGCUACACCAAGACGCCGGCUGCGGAGCAUAACAGCCCGGAAAGCGUCUCAAAAAUGCUGGUGACUUAUAAGGACGAUCGAGCAAAGAUUUUCGAGGCUCAUACCACUGCGACACAGGAUCUGGUAGACCUUCGCAAAGAGAUUGCGAGGAAGGAAAGUGAAAAGCUCAAGGCUGGGAAGGAGGGAAGAAAGCAGAAGAGUAAGCUUCAGAAGCAGAAAGAUAAGAUCCAGCGCAAGAAGGAUCUUCAAAAGGCGGAGCGAGAAAAGGAGAAGAUGCAUAUCAUUCAAGAGCGCUUACGAUACUGGCCGAAGAAAGUGUAUAAGGUCACUCUUCAGCUCGAAACUGCGUCUGGCGAGAUGACACCUUCAAGCUCUCGCCGCAACUCGACGGACACACUUACACUCGCUGGGAAGUCGACGGUACUGGAGCCUGGGAAGGAGAACUCAGUUACUUCCGAUACCAACAUCUCGCUGUCAUUGUCUUACGUGACCAAAGAAGCCUCCUGGACUCCCCGCUACGAUCUCCAGAUCUCAUCCCAGCAGAAAUCAGCAACGAUCGUUUACCGCACCGAAUUCCUGAACCGGACCGGCGAAACUUGGAAAGAUGCAAAGCUUUCCUUUUCUACGUCGCAAACUUCUUAUCAAGGCCUUGAUGAUGAAGUUCCAUUCAUGCAUGCGUGGCGUGUCAAGCUCAACAGAUACAGCAGGAAUGACCCUGAUUUCUUGAGCCCCGAAGAGAUGAGCAAGCCGCGUAAGGGACUCGGAAUUGGCAGCUCCUCUUUCAAGCGGAGUGAGGUCUUUGGAUUGAACGACGAUUAUACUCCCUACGAGAGGAAAAAGAAGGAGAAGGAACAGGCUCCGGAAAUCAUUGAAGCACGCGCCGCUCCGCAACAAUCAUCCUCGGCUUUUGGUCCUGGAGGUCCUUUCGGAUCAGGGAGCAACAUGUACAGCAGCCACGGCUCGCAUUUUAUGCAGAGCUCUCAGGUAGCGGGACAGGAAAACGUCGCGAAAGCAAAUGUUGAGCUAAGUCGAGGUAUCAGUAUGGCACGACGACGCAAGAAGUCAGGCCCGGCAUCGCUCUUCGCAUCCGCCAGAUCUGUCCUCGAGAGAGGCGAGAAAAUGGACGCCCUGUCCACCACGGAAGAGACGUACGACCCAACCAUCGAGGACUCCUAUUCCGUUGCCGAGCCCGCGGUCGAAUUCGAGGAGUCUUCCUGGGAAGACAACGGCCUCUCCUCCACCUACGACGUUCCCGGCCUCCGCACCAUCACGCCAUCUUCCACAACCCGCCGGCACAAGAUAGCCUCAUUGAAAGCGUCAAACAUCCACCUUUCCCACAUUUGCGUUCCUAAACUCCGCGCCGCCGCCUUCCUACGCACCAAGAUCCGGAACCCAUCCAGCUCCGUCACGCUGCUGAAGGGCAGCGCAGGCGUUACCCUCGACGGGUCCUUCUUAGGCAACAUGACCCUCCCGCGCGUUUCGCCUGGUCAAGUCUUCGAUUUGCCCUUGGGUGUGGAUCCGUCUAUCCACGUCAACUACCCCAAGCCGAACGUGCACCGCAGCACGCAGGGGCUCAUGUUCAACAAAGAAUCCGCGCAAGUGUAUACGCGCUCCGCAUGGCUCAAUAACACGAAGACGACGCCAGUUGAGAUCCUCGUGCUCGAUCAGGUUCCGGUGUCCGAAGACGAGCGGCUCAGGAUCGUCAUCACGACACCGAAGGGGCUGACGAAGGAGGGGGAUAAAGUUGCAGCGGGGGUGAGCGCGAAGGAGGGGAGCAGCGGGAGUAUGGAUGUGAGCACCAACUAUCAAGCAGCGAAUUGGGGGAGUGCGGUGGCGAAGCUGAAGAAGAAUGGGGAGGUGAAUUGGACGGUCAAUCUGGAGAAGGGGCAGGGGUGUUUGUUGAAGUUGGAUUAUGAGGCUAGGUUGCCGCCGGCAGAGAAGAUUGUGCCAGCUUAGAGCUUGAGCUCCAUAUAUAUAUGUGUUAUAUAAGCGUUCGUUAGGUCGUGUAACUUACUUCCCCGGUCGAUCUGCUCUAUAUGAGGGGUUCCAGGGGUUAUCCCCAUGGGUCGGCCACACGGAAUUCCAUGUGCUGGCUAUUCUAAA